UUCUUUUCGAGUACGUCCGUCUACUUUCUAGCGCUUGUCUCCUUGGAACGUGCUUUCGCCGUCUUACGGCCAAUCCGUCAUCGCAUCACAAAUCGUCAAGUCUACAUCUAUAGCAUCGUUAUCGUUUGGGCCAUCGCUCUUGUCUUUUUUGUUCUUUUUAUGUUAUCCCUUUAUUAUCCAGAAAUAAAUGGAGUAUAUGUUUUUGUCACUGGUAGGACAUCGCUUCUUAUUUCCAUCUUGAUAAUUUGUACAAGUUACCUUAGCAUACGAGCUCGAUUGCGCGCACCCUCACCCGCCGAGAUAGACAAUCAUAAGCAUCGAUCAAGGGAGCACAAUUUACGGCUUUCAAAAACACUUUAUAUUGCAAUUGCUUCAUCGCUUGUGUUUUGGAUGCCUGCUUAUCUUGUCUUCUCAACGAUAGGAUUCUGUUCUGGAUGCUUUUCUGCACCAGUGGUUAUUUGGCUCGUGGAAGCUUUAUAUCUGGCAAAUUCUAUGGUGAAUCCUCUCGUCUACAGUUUCAGAAUGCAAAUUUUCAAAGACGCAUUGAACAAAUUCCGGAGAAAAAGACGACAGAACAUAAAAGCAAUUCAGCAAAACUAAUUUGGGCUUUGGUCGAGAAGGUUCAUUUACUCCAACACCUUCGAUUACAAUGAUUUGAGCAGCUUAAAGUAGAGUAAUAACGCUGAUUGUAUAUUAUAGUUGAUUAAGUAUUAAAAGAGGUGUUGACUUAGUUGACGCGGAGAAAAAGACGACAGAAAACAGGACCAGCUCAGCAAAAUAGUCGCCGCUUUUCCCUGGAAGGGGCUUCACUCUAACACUUUCCACCUGCCUGAAGUAAAAAAAUAUUGAAAGCUCAGCUUGUAUAGCAUAAUUAAUUAAGUAAAAGCCUUUUUUAUGCAACAACAACUGUGAAUGUACAAUUACGCGAGUGAUUUUUGUAAGCUUCAUCACCAACAUAUGGUUGUAAAAAAAUGACAUUUUUAUAUCAUUCUUAAAUUAAUCAUCCCGUCGUCACCACGCAAUGGCUUGAUUAACCCAUAUAGAUCACAGGCUGUUAGAUUGUGAAUCAUUUGAAAGAACUGAAAUUGUUGAGGAUGAGGUUUCUGACAUUAAACUUGUUAAACUUGAAAACGGCUCCCUUUUUGAAUAGCCUAAAACUCAUUUGACAUAUCUGAUAUUCACUCUGUGACGGUCAUGACGAGAGUUAAAUAAAAUAUCCUAUGCUGUGUUAAAUUUCAGCGCUGUUAAAUUUUUUAAAAGUUUCUUUAAAAAGAAAAUAUUGGUGUAAUAUGCAUUGUUUUUAUUCAUGCAGUGCGUCCUAAAUAUCCGAGAAGACCUCAUGGUUAUAUGUCAUCAUUUUAAUGCCCGAAAAGUUCAGUCUUACAUUUUUUCCAAGUCUUAUAAGCAGUAAUCAGAUUGCUUAAAAAAGAUCUUUGUGAUAUUUGUCGCAUUUAAAUGAAUAUUAACUUUUACAAAUAUCUAAUAACUUGUAAUAUUUCAGAUAAUAUGUUUAUGCCACUUUUUUCUCAGAAGAGGAUAUGCGAUAAAUUUUCAUUUGCAAUAAUUAUAAGCUCCGGGCUGAUGAUACUCAUUAGCCAAGCACUAAUGACAUGAUAUACAGUUUUUAAACAGUUAGAGAACGGAUGUAAAAACGCUAAGUGCGUUUAUAGAAACACAGAGAUCCCCAUAAACCUUAACGAAUAUUUCACCAUUUAUCAUUUUAAAAUAUCCCACUUGUCAAAACGAAAAUAAAAUAUGAACGGGAAAAGCUACUCCUGCAUGAUUUUCCCUUAUUCGACACCCUCUCAAAGAUUAAAAACAUGGAAAAUUAUUUUUUUUUUCAUCAACACCGAAAAAUUGUAAUUAUUUACCAUUGAUAGGAGAUAAAAUAUAAAUCUUUCCAUGGGUAGAUUUUUAAUGAGCCAAAAAAUAAUCUUACGGCACAGAAAUCGGGUUUAGAUUUUGUUUUUAAGUUCAUCGUACUUACAUAUCUAAUAUGCGUUCUUGAACCAUCCGUCUUUUUUGUAUUACCAAUACUAGAUGACCCCGAUGUCCAAAAAACUGAUAACCGAAGUAUACAAUCUUUGCAUUAUAGAUGCGAAUAAAUAAUCGUGUUUAUUGACAUGAGAUGUGGAUGUUGUGAAAUCGACUUUGUAUCCUCACUGUUUCUUUGUGGCCAACUGAGAUUAAAAUCAAGUCUCCUCGACUUAUCAAAUAGUAAUUAUUGGAUUCGGCUUUCAUUUAGUGCUAUGAAGAAUCAAGAAGAUCGAGGAGGGGGUUAUCGGCCGUGAUCUUCUAGUCCGACAUCAACUACGCAUGCCAGUUACCUUUAUUUUUGUAAAGAUCCCAACUUUUAAUGCGUCACUCCUCUGCAGUCUAAGGUUAUGAAGGGGGAAUAUUCAUUCUAGCAUAGAAUGAAUAAUAAUACUCAUUUAAGCUUACUGAGCUGUACUAACUCGGUGUAUGAACGAAACUUUAUUUAUUUUAAUCAUUUGUACAAAGAAAUUAUUUGCAUGGAGAGAUAGUUUUUCCAGAGCGCAUAAAUAUUAUUCAACAGCGUGGGAGCUGUCCAUGCAGUAAGUCAGUUUAAGUAAAAAAUAAUAAUUAUAAAAGAUAAUAAUAAUAAUAAAAACACACACACACAUAAGGCAAGCAAAUCAAAUGGUCAACAUGUUUUACUUAAAAAUCAAUUUUUGUAAGCUUAAGAAAUAAAUAUUGAUUUUUUUUUACUUAUUAUUUUAUCAACCGCAUUAGCAAAACAUAAUAUGCGUGACAUACCUUGUUAUUAAAGACUUGUUACUCAGAGCAUUUGGCAUGGGCUUUGCAAAUAAGUAAUUUUUUAAGGAUGAUAAUUAAUAAAAACGAAAUAUAAGUGGAUUCCCUGAAAUAACUUAGAUGAGAUGAGUCCUGAUUCAGUUGCCUUCCUGACAAUCAGACUUUUCAAAUAACACUUAAUGUUAGAUCAUGUUCUAAUUUUCUCGCUCUUCUCCCUUAAAUUUUAGUUAAAUAUGAACAUUGAAAUUGUCAAUUUUACAAACAACGAAAUGUAUAUAAAAUUAACGCUGAAAGAACAUGAGCAGAAUAUGCAUGUCGAUUAAAUCUUAAGACAAGUUUUUUUUAUGAGAUGCCAACUUCAUUUGUGAAUUUUCUUAUCUGUUGAUUUCUAAUUACUGAACCGUUUUCAUUUUCGUUAAUUAAAAAUGACAGCCCGAAGAAAUCUUUUAUGAUACUAGAUGCAAAGCGCGUCUAUUUACACUGCUGCUAAUAAAAUGUCGUCAAAAGCGCUUAGGACAUAAAUGGGCGGACGGACGCCAGUUUAUCUUCAAUAUUAUCAAGACAUAUGCUUUUUUGAUAAUUAUAUAGUCAUUUCGUUAACAACUCAGUCAGCUUCAAGCAUCAUGUACCCUGGACUCGCCGAGCUUUCCAAAGAUCACCUGUCCUAACUGUUUUCAUGUAGAAAAACAGUAUCUAUAUUUGGUCUUAGACAAAUACAGUAUUAAUACUGAGAAAUAAUAUUAAUAAGAACAGUAUUUUCUGAGAUCGACCCAGUUUUCAACUGUGCGCAAGUUGUUCCGAAUUAAGAGAACUAGAUAACAAAACGAAGAAAGACAUGCCUUCAUCGACGUCCAUUUUCUUCGUGGUCAUCUUCGCACUGGAGGCAAUCAUGAUCGUUAUUGGUAACACGUUUACUAUUUUCGUAUUCUGGAAUCAAAGAUCCCGCAUAAAUCGGACUUAUUUUCUUCUGAUUAACCUCGCAAUUGCAGAUUUACUUGUAGGAAUUACAGAACUAACAGUCCUGGGAGCUUUCAAAUUUGAGGUCACGCUAGAAAGUGACGGACUAUUGAUGCAAAGACAAUCAAAUCCUUCGGUUGCUUUUCAACUUUUGUUUCCGUGUACGUCAGUGUAUUUUCUCGCUCUUGUCUCCUUGGAACGUGCUUUCUCCGUGUUAUCGCCAAUCCGUCAUCGCUCCAUAAACAGUCGAGUUUACAUCAAGAGCAUCGUUUUUGUGUGGGCAGUUGGCCUUUGUUUCUUUGCUUUAACCCUCAUCGCCAUUCAUUACCCAGAGGUGAAAGAGGAAUAUGCUUUUAUAGCAAGUAACACAGGUCUUUUUAUUUCCCAACUGAUAAUCUGUACAAGUUACCUUAAAAUACGCAAUCGGUUGCGCGCAUCAUCACCAGGGCUUGAUAUUCAUGGCCAUCACUUACCGGCACACAAUCUACGGCUUUCUAAAACGCUUUUCAUCACAAUCGCGUCGUCGCUUGUGUUUUGGAUACCUGGUUUUGUAGUUUACUCAACUAGAGAAUUUUGUCCUCCAUGCUUUCCUGUACCAGUAGUUUGGUUCGCGAAUGCUAUGUAUCUGGCAAAUUCUAUGGUGAAUCCCUUCGUAUACAGUUUUAGGAUGACAAUAUUUAAAGACGCUUUAAAGAAACUCUGCAGGAAAAGACAACAGAACAUAGGACCAGGGUUAGCAAGUCGGCAUGUACAGAGCCCUGUAUUUUGACUAUCAAAAGCCUGUCACUUAUUCAGCAUAAAGGUAUACCAACAUCUACGGUUAUGAGUUGAUAUGUCAAACUAGUAGGGGUAGCAAUAUAAUGACGUUGAUUGUGAAAAAUGAUCACUGAAAUAGGCUGUGGUCACAUUGUGUUUGCAGUUGAAAUAACGCAAGGUAUGCACUUGUGGAAAGUCCAUUUUACAGGGUGGUUUGGCAGCGGUUAUGUAGUGGUUUAUUUUUUGAUGGAGAAGGGAACAGUGGAUCUUAACAAAACAUGGUCAGUUGAACAGUCAGCGCCUCUCAUGGUUCUUGUCAGUUGAAGAUGUCAUUUUGGUCUACCUGCCUUACCAUUACAAAAUCUAAAAGGUACCAAUGUUUAUAGCGGGGUUGCGAAGAGGUCAAGUAUAUGACCCCUAUAUUAGCAACAGCAUGGUGAACUGGAAGACAGUUUGGGCGGGAUAACAUCAGAUUAGGAAUCUGCCAAGGAGACUCCUUAUCAUCUUUUUUUUAAUAGUCAUGUUGCCACUUACAAUAGUGUUACGAAAAAUGAGAGCGGCAGGAUAUAAACUGGCGAAGGCAUGAGACCCAUUAUAUUGAAAGCUCAGAUUGUAUGGCAUAUUAAUUAAGUAAAAGCCUUAUCUAUGCAUUCAACAACUGUGAAGCGUACACCUUUGAAAGAGUUACGCUAGAUGCACAGAUCAUCCUGGUAAAAUGUACAAUUACGCGAGUGAUUUUUGUAAGCUCCGCCACCAACAUGGUUGUAAAAAAAUGAUAUUUUUAUAUCAUGUUUCGUUGAUUCCUAUAAAUUAAUUAUCCCAUCGUCACCCCUCAACAGCUUGAUUAACCCAUAUAAAUCACAGGCUGCCAGAUUGUGAAUCAUUUGAAGGAGCUGAAAUUGUUGAAGAUACGGUUUCUGAAAUUAAACUUGUUGCUAAUUGAAAAAUUCUCCUUUUUUGAAUAGCCUCAAACGCAUUUGUCAUAUCUGAUAUUCACUAAUAGGACUGAAUGACGGUCAUGACGCGAGUUAAAGAUAAUAUCCUGUGCUGUGUUAAAUUUCAGCGCUGUUAACUUAUUUAAGAAAUUAAUGGUAUAAUAUGUAAUGCUUUUAUUCAUGCAGUGCGAAUAGGUGCAGGUUAAUCGGCUUAAAUCUUAAACAACUAAGAAAAGCUCAUGGUUAUCUGAUGCAUUUUAAUGCCUGAAAAGUUCAGUCUUACAUUUUUCCCAAGUCUAAGCAGUAAUCAAAUUACUAAAAAAAAGAUCUUUGUGAUAUUUGUGACAUUUAAAUGAAUAUUAACUUUUGCAAAUCACUAAUUAUUUGUAAUAUUUCAAAUAAUAUUUAUGCCACUCGUUUCUCAGAAGAGCUCGAUGAUAUGCGAUAAACUUUCAUUGCAACAAGCUGCCGGGCUGAUCAUUAGCCAAGCACUAAUGACAUGAUAUACGGUUUUAAAACAGUUAGACAACGGAUGUAAUGUGAUCCCCAUAAACCUUAACAAAUAUUUCACCAUUUAUCAUUUUAAAAUAUCCCUCUUGUCAAAACGAAAAUAAUAUAUGAACGGGAAAAAGCUACAUGUCUUGAUUUUCCCUUAUUCGACAUCCUCUCAAAGAUGAAAAACAUGGAAAACAGCAUUUUUUUAUUUUCAUCAACACCGAAAAAUUGUAAUUAUUUACCAUUGAUAGGAGAUAAAAUAGAAAUCUUUCCAUGGGUAGAUUUUUAAUGAGCCAAAAAGAUCUUACGGCACAGAAAUCAAGUUUAGAUUUUGUUUUUAAGUUCAUCGUACUUUUAAUUAAUUUCUGAUCAUAUCUAUUAUGCGUUAUUAAAUCACUCGUCUUUUUUGUAUUACCAAUACUAGAUAACCCCGAUGUCCAAAACACUGAUAACCGAAGUAUACAAUCUUUGCAUUAUAGAUGCGAAUAUAUAAUCGUGUUUAUUGACACGAGAUGUAAAAAAUGUGUUGUGAAACUUGGGCCUCAGUGACUGACGUAAAUCGACGUUUUAUUCUCACUGUUUCUUUGCGGCCAGCUGAGAUUAACAUCAAGUCUCCGCGACUUAUCAAAUAGCAAUUAUUGGAUUCGGCUUUCGUUUAGUGAAAUGAAGAAUCAAGAAGAUCGAGGAGGGGGUUAUCGGCCGUGAUCUUCUAGUCCGACAUGAAAUAAACACGCAAGUUACCUCCAUCUUUUGUACAGAUCCCAUCUUCAAUGCCUCACUCCUCUGCAGUCUAAGGUUAUAAAGGAGGAUAUUCAGUCUAGCAUAGAAUGAAUUAUAAUACUCAGUUAAGCUUACUGAGAUGUAUAAACUUGGUGUAUGAACGGAACUGUAUCUAUUUUAAUCAUAGUACUUAUACAAAGAAGUUAUUUGCAAGGAGAGAUAUUUUUCCAGAGCGCAUAAAUAUUAUUCAUCAGCCUGGGAGUUGUUUAUGCAGUAAUCAGUUUAAGUAAAAAAAAAAAACACUGUACACCACAAAGGUGCCAAAAAAUAGAGAAAUAGAAAAUCGAAAAUAACUGAAGGAAACGAGAAAAAAAAUUCUGCUGAAACCUCGACUGAAAUUGUUGGACAUACGGCAAGAAAUUAAAAUCAAAUGGUCAACAUGUUUUACGUAAAAAUCAAUUUUUGUGGGCUUAAGAAAUGAAUAGUGAAUUUUUUGACUAAUUAUUUUAUCAGCUGUAUUAGCAAAACAUAACGUGAGAUAUUUUGUAAUUAAAGAGUUGAUACUGGAGCAUUUAACAUGGGCUUUGCAAAUAAGUAAUUUUCAAAGGAUGAUAAUUAAUAAAAACUUAAUAUAAGUGUUGCAGUGACAACCACAUUAUAGAUUCCCUGGAUGGAUUUCUUAUCUGUUGCUUUCUAAUUACUGAACCGUUUUCAUUUUCGUUAAUUAAAAAUGUCAGCUCGAAGAAAUCUUUUAUCACACUAGAUGUAAAGCGCGUCUAUUUACACUGCUGCUAAGUAAAUGUCGUAAAAAGCGCUCCGGACAUAAAUGGGCGGACGGACGCUAGUUUAUCUUCAAUAUUAUCAAGACAUAUGUUAAUUUUUGAUGUAAUCAUUUCGUUAACAACUCAGUCAGUUUCAUGCAUCAUGUACCUUGGACUCGAUGAGCUUUACAAAGAUCACCUUACCGUCCAAACUGCCUUCAUGUAGAAAUACAGUAUCUUUCUUUGGUCUACAAAUACAGUAUUAAUACUGAGAAAUAAGACAAGAACGAUAUUUUCUUGAGAUCGGCAAGUACAGUGUACUGUGACCUUUUCAACUGUGCGCGAGUUGUUCCGAAUUAAGGGAACUAGACAACAGAACAAGAAGACAUGCCUUCAUCCACGUCCAUUUUCUUCGUGGUCAUCUUUACAGUGGAGGCAAUCAUGAUCAUUAUUGGUAACACGUUUACAAUUUUGGUAUUCUGGAAUCAAAGAUCCCGCAUAAACCGGACUUAUUUCCUUUUGGUUAACCUUGCAAUUGCAGAUUUACUUGUAGGAAUUACAGAACUAACAGUCCUGGGAGCUUUCAAAUUUGAGGUCAUGCUAGAGAGUGACUCACUAUUGAGGAUGCAAAGACAAUCAAAUCCUUCGGUUGCUUUUCAACUUUUGUUUCCGAGUACGUCUGUCUUAUUUCUCGCACUUGUCUCCUUGGAACGUGCUUUCUCCGUGUUAUCGCCAAUUCGUCAUCGUUCCAUAAACAGUCGAGUUUACAUCAAGAGCAUCGUUUUUGUGUGGGCAGUCGGCCUUUGUUUCUUUGCUUUAACCCUCAUCGCCAUUCAUUACCCAGAGGUGAAAGAGGAAUAUGCUUUUCUAGCAAGUAACACAGGUCUUUUUAUUUCCCAACUGAUAAUCUGUACAAGUUACCUUAAAAUACGCAAUCGGUUGCGCGCAUCAUCACCAGGGCUUGAUAUUCAUGGCCAUCAAUUACAGGCACACAAUCUACGGCUUUCUAAAACGCUUUUCAUCACAAUCGCGUCGUCGCUUGUGUUUUGGAUACCUGGUUUUGUAGUUUACUCAACUGGAGAAUUUUGUCCUGCAUGCUUUCCUGUACCAGUAGUCUGGUUCGCGAACGCUAUGUAUCUGGCAAAUUCUAUGGUGAAUCCCUUCGUCUACAGUUUCAGGAUGACAAUGUUUAAAGACGCUUUAAGGAAACUCUGCAGGAAACGACAACAGAGUAUAGGGCCAGGCUAGCAAGUUGGCAUGCACACAGCCUUGUAUUUUGUCUGUCACUUAUUUAACAAAAGUUAUACCAGCAUCUACGGUUUUGAGUUGAUAUGUCAAACUAGGGAUAGCAAUAUGUUGACGCUGAUUGUGAAAAAUGAUGACUGAAAUAGGCUGUGGUUGCAUUGUGUUUGCAGUUGAAACAAUGCGAGGUAUAAACUUGUGGAAAGCCCAUUUGCACUGAUCAACGCAUAGACUAUUCACAGUCUCCUACUUUUCGUAAGAUCGUCAGGAUCGAGCGCUUACCGCUGGAAUGAGUGCCAUCUUGGUCGACGAUCUUACAGAAAAAUAGGCGACUGGGAACAGUGUAAUUCAGUAACACACGGAGCAAUACUGUAAAAUACCAUGGUAAAAGGGAGUUUUAAUUUUGAAUGUUAGUAGGUAGUUUUAAUUGCUCAACGUUUUUUCCGUAAGACUUUUCGUAGUGAGGCAUGAAAUUAUUGAUUCAAACACAGUUUGAACAGUAAAAAUUGAAAACUACCAGAACAGCCAGCGAAUACGACCACUACAAAAACUGUGUGAAAAACUUUCUCCAGGUUGAAUCAUCUUAUAAUUAAGCUCUUUUUAAUCUCUCUAUCAAGGCUUUGCAUGGGGGUGGUGGAUAAAUAAACACGAAUGAUUUGCAAUGACAAUUAUACCUUAAACCCUUGUUGCCCAUUAGAAGUAACUUUUACGAGAUGAUUCAGUAAUUUUUAAAUCAAUUUUACUUUUUACUCAUACAACUUAAAAAAAUGUUGUGUUUAUGAAACAACCAUCUUUUUUGCAGCAGUUGCCCAUCCAAGCAAUAAUUCGCCCGUUCAAAGGAAGUGCACAUAUAACAGGGCAUUAAUGCUAUCUUGUAAGCCAUUUCUCUGAAAUAAAGCAAAGGAAGCAGAGAGGGGCGUCUAAAUAUCAUGGUGUGAUAUUCUUAGGGCUACUAUAGCUGUGUCCGGGACAAUCUGAUUUAAAAAUCCGUGCUGGCAAGAAGAAUUAUGGCAUUUAAAAAGGUACAAAAUAAGGCAUUUACAAUGGUGGUGUCUUCAGGUGGAGUAGAGCGUAAAUUAGGACAAUUUAUGCUCUACCAGGGCAUGCAGCAAUAUGAGUGAUUUUUAGUCACACAAAAGAGACUGUAUAGAUUCGAGAACUGCAUGGGGAGUUUCCAAGCGCAUAGCAAAAAUAGUGUAUUACUGAAACUGCAAACGCUGUUCUUCAAAACCGGCAAUAUCAGAUGUCCCAGAUGAAAUACCCGCUUGUCACUUGUAUAUAUUUGCAGAAUAUAUACAGCUGUAUGAUAUGGAGUAAAGACUAAAUCACUCGUAUUGCACUAAAAAAGCUAACUACGCAGGCUUCAUCAUGGGCAAUGCACAAUUUCAAAGAAGACCGCGAGGAUAUUGUAAAUGGACAUAGGUCCCUCUCUACCAGGAGACACCACCCUGGUUUCUGGCGUGGAAAAGACCUCCUUGAUGAGGGUAUAAGGGUCUUUGAUCUUUCGUUAGUAAUCCUUCUAGUGAUAUGAUGCGACAUUCGUGGAUCCUGAAAUGCUUAGUGAUGGUUGGAACGCCAAGAGUAUCAUCGUCAUCGGUGUCAGUCGGUUCGACUGAGACCGUUCUAGGGAGCAGCAUGGUUUGAUAAGUCUCCUUCAGGUAGGUCUGUCGUUGGCCUUCUCCUGCCAUCGAGAUCGAUGUCUCUCUCCAUUUCAUGUUUCUCUUUGCAACAUCUUUGAACCUUAAUCUAGGCCUCCCUUGAUUACGCAUCCCCAAACAGAGUUGAAAGUAUAACGGCCGCCUUGGUAGUCUGUUAAUAUCUAUCCUAUGCACGCGACCCAGCCAUCUAAGAUUUUUCUCAAUCAGAAAGUCAGCCAUUGAUGGUAGUCCUGUAAGGCAGAGAAUUUCCACAUUCGUGAUCUUGUCCUUCCAUGGUACGUUCAUUAUUACUCUUAGAUGUGCCAUGAUAUAAGCUUGGAGCUUCUUCACUUGACUCUGAUAUAUUGCCCAUGUUUCAGGACCAUACAGGCGGGAAGAAGGGACAACAGCUUGAUUGACUUUGCACAUGACUUUAACAGACAAAUGCCGGCCUUUCCAUAGCCUCUCCGGUAGUUUUACAAAAGCAGCACUUACAUUUCCCAUCCUUUAUCUGAGCUGGCAUUGUUACAGAUAGUGCUUCAUAAGCAUUUGAACUCGUAACACUGCACCUGGGCCUCUUGAUUGACAGUUAUGGUUGUUGGCUCAGGAGCUGGAUCUAGGUUUUGCAUUGGCUGGUAUAAGCAUUCAGUUUUUUUAUUGUUGAUCUCAGGAAAAAUUGGGCGGCAGCUCUGGUGAACCUGUCCACCAGACUCUGAAUAUUAUCAGCACUGUGGGCAACUACAGCAAACAUCAUUUCCCUCACAAGGAUCUACGUUGUGCGUGUUUUUUCUCUGAAAAGGACUACGUUAAACAGGUCAGCAUCAAUACGAGUUUGGUUGAAGAUACCGUCACCAACACCAUCAAAGGUUACUUUAAAUAUCGCAGUGUCGGAGCGAGCACGCAACCUUGUUUGACUCAUCGGUGACAGCAAUUCCUUGGAGAUGGAGUUUCCUUGAGCCACGUGUGUUGCUUGCAUUUCGUUGUGCAGUGCCCUUACCAGAUUGAUAAAUUCAGUAGUUCAUCAAUACUUUCCGAGCAGUACAUACAUACUUUCCAAGCACUUGUAUUAAAAGCCUUUGUGAAGUCGAUAAAAACGGCAUACAGCGGCAUGUUAUGCUCUUUACACAGGCUUGUAACUGUCGCAGACAGAAGAAGAUCAUAUCCACAGUGCCUCUACCACUGCGAAUUACCACAUUGAGUCUCAGAAAAGAUAUUGGGAACUAUGUGUUCGUUCAAUCUGUUGAGGAAUAUGCGAACCAAGAUAUUUUCGGCUAUUGAGAGAAGAGGAAUACUUCGAUAGUUCCCACAGUCCUUUCUACUUCCCUUCUCGAAGACUGACACGAUAAUGGGAUCUUUCCAGUCUUUUGGUGUUUCCCAGAUCUGCAAAACCAGUUUGUACAAGCUAGAGGCGAGUUUCACAGCCACAAUGUUUCCAGAUUUCGGCAGCUAUACCACACCCUCCAAGGGCUUUACCUUCCUUUCUUGCACUGAUGGCAUCCAACAGCUCAUCCAAUUCAGGAUUUUCAUCAACAAGUGUAAUGUUCGGCCUCGGUGCAGUGGUGUCCACGGCAGAGCGAUCAACCUUUCCUGUCAUGUUAAGUAGCUGGUCAAAUUGGUUUGCAAAUCUAUCUAAGGACAGUACGCUUUGUUGUACCCCUAGCUCUUCUGUUGCCCAUAUACUUCUCUCAAGCCAUUUUAAAAGGCUUUCAUGUCGUUUUUAUUUGCCGCCUGCCGGAAUUCUUCAGCCCCCCCACCAUUGAGACUUUAUUUUCCUGGUGUACUGCUGUAGAUUCCGUCGAGCACCAGUCAUUUCUGCCCUGUUUGGUCUCAGUAAUGUUCAGCUGAAGCUGUUUCACCCUUGCAUUAUUUCCUUCAUCCAAAAAGAUCCUUCACCUUCUUUUUACUGUCUUCGAAACAAUCCUGGUGGUUCCGACUGGGUUUACCUAAAACACUCAGAGCGGGGUCAUAUGUAGUUGUAGUUUCUUCAGUCUCUGACUACUGAUGUCGAGAUCCUGCCAAAGCCUUGUCCUUUUCCUUCUUCAACUUCUGCUGGUUAUCUUUAUCUCCUAGUUUCGUUACAUCAAUCUUACAGGGUGAUUUGGCAGCAGUUAUAUGUAGUAGUUUAUUUCCUGACGGAGAGGGGAACAGUGGAUCUUAACAAAACAUGGUCAGUUGAACAGUCAGCGCCUCUCAUGGUUCUUGUCAGUUGAAGAUGUCAUUUUGGUCUACCUGCCUUACCAUUACAAAAUCUAAAAGGUGCCAAUGUUUAUAGCGGGGUUGCGAAGCGGUCAAGUAUAUGACCCCUAUAUUAGCAACAGCAUGGUGAACUGGAAGACAGUUUGGGCGGGAUAACAUCAGAAGAGGAAUCUGGCAAGAAGACUCCUUAUCAUCCUUUUUUUCAAUUGUCAUGUUGCCACUCACAAUAGUGUUACGAAAAAUGAGGGCUGCAGGAUAUAAACUGGCGAAGACAUGAAACCCAUUAACCAUCUAUUGUUCAUGGAAGAUUGGGAGUUUAAGGAGCUAACACAGACAAACUUUAAGUAUUAAAAGAGGUGUUGACUUGACGCGGACAAAAAGACGACAGAACACAAGUCCAGCUCUGCAAAAUAGUCCGUGCUUUUGCCCGGGAGGGGCUUCACUCCAAUACUUUUGACCUGCCUGAAGUAGAAAAAUAUUGAAAGCUCAGAUUGUAUGGCAUAAUUAAUUAAGUAAAAGCCUUAUCUAUGCAUUCAACAACUGUGAAGCGUACACCUUUGAAAGGGUUACGCUAAAUGCACAGAUCAUCCUUGUAAAAUGUACAAUUACGCGAGUGAUUUUUGUAAGCUCCACCACCAACAUGGUUGUAAAAAAAUGAUAUUUUUAUAUUAUGUUUCGUAGAUUCCUAUGAAUUAAUUAAUCCCAUCGUCACCCCUUAACAGCUUGAUUAACCCAUAUAAAUCACAGGCUGCCAGAUUGUGAAUCAUUUGAAGGAGCUGAAAUUGUUGAAGAUACGGUCUCUGAAAUUAAACUUGUUGCUACUUGAAAAAUUCUCCUUUUUUUGAAUAGCCUCAAACGCGUUUGACAUAUUUGAUAUUCACUACUAGGACUGAAUGACGCUCAUGACGGGUUAUUAGUAUAAUAUGCAAUGCUUUUAUUCAUGCAGUGCGAAUAGGUGCAGGUUAAUCGGCUAAAGUCUUAAAUAACUAAGAAAAGCUCAUGGUUAUGUGAUGCAUUUUAAUGCCUGAAAAGUUCAGCCUUACAUUUUUCCCAAGUCUAAGCAGUAAUCAAAUUACUAAAAAAAAAAGAUCUUUGUGAUAUUUGUGACAUUUAAAUGAAUAUUAACUUUUGCAAAUCACUAAUUAGUUGUAAUAUUUCAAAUAAUAUUUAUGCCACUCGUUUCUCAGAAGAGCUGGAGGAUAUGCGAUAAACUUUCAUUGCAACAAGCUGCCGGGCUAAUGGUACUCAUUAGCCAAGCACUAAUGACAUGAUAUACAGUUUUUAAACAGUUAGAGAACGGAUGUAACUAAGUGCGUUUAUAGAAACCCAGAGAUCCCCAUAAACCUUAACGAAUAUUUCACCAUUUAUCAUUUUGAAAUAUCCCAUUUGUCAAAACGAAAAUAAUAUAUGACCGGGAAAAGCUACUCCCACAUGAUUUUCCCCUAUUCGACACCCUCUCAAAGAUUAAAACAUGUAAAAUGGCAUUUUUUUUUUUAUCAACACCGAAAAAUUGUAAUUAUUUUCCAUUGAUAGGAGAUGAUUCGAAUAUAAUAUAAAUCUUUCCAUGGGUAGAUUUUGAAUGAGCCAAAAAAUAAUCUUACGGUACAGAAAUCAGGUUUAGAUUUUGUUUUUAAGUUCAUCGUACUUUAAUUACAUAUCUAAUAUGCGUUCUUGAAUCACUCAUCUUUUUUAUAUUACCAAUACUAGAUAACCCCGAUGUCCAAAAAACUGAUAACCGAAGUAUAUACAAUCUUUGCAUUAUAGAUGCGAAUAUAUAAUCGUGUUUAUUGACACGAGAUGAUGUGAAAAAAUCUUGUGAAACUUGGGCCUUUAAAUCGACUUUGUAUCCUCACUGUUUCUUUGUGGCCAACUGAGAUUAACAUCAAGUCUCCUCAACUUAUCAAAUAGCAAUUAUUGGAUUCGGGUUUCAUUUAGUGAUAUGAAGAAAUAAGACGAUUGAGGAGCGGGUUAUCGGCCGUGAUCUUCUAGUCCGACAUCAACCAAAACAUGCCAGUUACCUUCAUCUUUGUACAGAUCCCAUCUUCAAUGCCUCACCGCUCUGCAGUCUAAGGUUAUGAAGGAAGAAUAUUCAUUCUAGCAUAGAAUGAAUAAUAAUUCUCAUUUAAGCUUACUGAGAUGUAUAAACUCGGUGUAUGAACGGAACUUUAUUUAUUUUAAUUAUGUCUACAAAGAAAUUAUUUGCAUGGAGCGAUAGUUUUGCCAGAGCGCAUGAAUUUUAAUAUUUAACAGCAUGGGAGCUGUCCAUGCAGUAAGUCAGUUUAAGUUAAAAAAAAAGACAGACAAACAAACAAACAAAAAACAAAAGUGUUUCAGUGACCACCACAUUAUGGAUUCCCUAACUUAGAUAAGAUGAGUCCUGAGUCAGUUGCCUUCCUGACAAUCACACUUUUCAAAUGACACUUAAUGUUAGAUAAUGUUCUAAAUUUCUCGCUUUUUCUCCCAGUUUAAAUUUUAGGUAAAUAUGGACAUUGAAAAUGUCAAUUUUAUAAAUAACGAAAGGUAUAUAAAAUGUUAAACCGCUGAAAGGACAUGAGCAGAAUAUGUCGAUUAAAUCUAUGUAUUAAUAUUACACAAAUUUAGGAGUCUUACGUAAGCCAAUAUUCUUUUUUUGUUAGAUGCCAAUUUCAUUUUUGAAUUUUCUUAUCUAUUGCUUUCUAACUACUACUGAACCAUUUUCAUUUUCGUUGAUUAAAAAAGACAGCCCGAAGUAUUCUGCUAUUAUACUAGAUGCAAAUAAACUGAUAAGCCCUUCUAUUUAUACUUCUGCUAAGGAAAUGUCGUAAACAGCGCUUAGGACAAAUAAAUGGGCGGACGGACGUAAGUUUACCUUCAAUAUUAUCACUAUAUUACAUUAAUUUAAUCAUUUCGUUAACAACUCAGUCAGCUUCAAGCAUCAUUUGCCUUGGACUCGCGCUUUGAAGAGGCCUGAUCGUCUUAACUGCCUUCAUACAAAAAUAUAUAUAUUUGGUCUACAGAUACAGUGCUAAUACUGAGAUAUAAUAUAAGAACGAUAUUCUCUUGUGAUCGGGAAGUACAUGUACAGUGUACUGUCCUUUCCAGAAUUAAGGGCAAGCAACUAGUUGCUGGUGUAUUGGGAUAGGGAACUAGAUAACAGAACGAGGAAAGACAUGCCUUUAUCAACGUCCAUUUUUUUCGUAGUCAUCUACACACUGGAGGCAAUCAUGAUUAUUAUUGGAAACACGUUUACUAUUUUCGUAUUUUGGAAUCAAAGAUCCGGCAUAAAACGAACCUAUUUUCUUUUGAUUAACCUCGCAAUUGCAGAUUUACUUGUAGGGAUUACAGAACUAACAGUCUUGGCAGCUUUCAAAUCUGAGAUCAUGCUAGAAAGUGACGUACUUUUGAGUCAAAGCCCGUCAAAUCCUUCGGUUGCAUUUCAACUUUUGUUUUCGAGCACGUCCGUCUAUUUUCUCGCUCUUGUCUCCUUGGAACGUGCUUUCUCCGUGUUAUGGCCAAUCCGUCAUCGCUCCAUAAACAGUCGGGUUUACACGAAGAGCAUCGUUUUUGUGUGGGCAGUUGGGCUUUGUUUCUUUGCCACAAACAUCAUCGCCUUGUAUAACACUGCGGUGAAAUGGGAUUAUGUUUUUACCACAAGUGUCACAAGUCUUUUUAUUUCCCAACUGAUAAUCUGUACAAGUUACCUUAAAAUACGCAAUCGAUUGCGCGCAUCAUCACCAGGGCUAGAUAUUCAUAACCAUCAAUUACGGGCACAAAAUUUACGACUUUCAAAAACAAUUUUUAUCACAAUUGCUUCGUCGCUUGUGUUUUGGAUGCCUGCUUUUAUAAUCCUCUCAACGAGAGAAUUUUCUCCUCAAUGCCUUUCUGUACCAGUAGUUCGGUUCGCGAACGCUAUGUAUCUGGCAAAUUCUAUGGUGAAUCCCCUCGUCUACAGUUUCAGGAUGCCAAUAUUUAAAGACGCUUUGAAGAAAUUAUGCAGGAAAAGACAACAGAACAUA